AUGCUUACAGAGAGUAUGAACCUCAAUAACUGUUCAUUGAGCCCUGCUUUUUAUGAUGAUAUCCUAGAAGGUAUAAGCUAUGAUAAGAUUCAGCCUAUGAAAGAUGUCCUCUCCUCAUUUAUUACGAAUACGAUUGAUUUUCAACAAGCGAAAAGUCAAUCAAUAAAUCUGAUAGGCACUUUUAUUCCUGUUGAGAAGCUUAUUAAUUUUAUGGAUGUUCCUGAUCAGCCGACCUCAGUUACAGAUAAUGAUGAUACAUUUAACCCCCAUAAAAAGUCAAAGUCUUGGAGCUCAUAUGAAGACAGAAGAUUAAUCGCUGCAAUGCAUAAAUAUGGCCCCAAUGAUUGGACCAAAAUAUGUGAAUUUGUAGGUAAUGGAAGAAAUAGAAAUCAAUGCAGUCAAAGAUGGCUUCGCUCUCUCAAUCCAAUUAUUAACAAAAGUCAGUGGUCAUCUGACGAGGAUAUCAAAUUAAUCAACGCGGUCAACCAUUAUGGAGAUCGAUCAUGGACAAAAGUUGCAGCUGAAAUUCCUGGUAGAACUGAUGUCCAAUGCAGAUAUAGGUUCCAAAUAAUUGGCAAAAAAUACCCACGCGCUCUUGGAAUUGAUCAAAACCAAUUUUUCAGUCAAUGUUAUCACCUACCAACAUUCGAAACAAUGGCUACUGCAAAUGCAAGCCCAACAAUUAAGCAGGAAGAAGUUAAAAAAGAGCCUCCUGUUGUUGCCGUUAAAAAUCAACCAACAGUUGAACUGGCGGAUAUGUGGUCUUCACUACAUUUAAUAGACUUAAUUAAGGAAAUGGAAACAGAUCCAACAUCAUUCUUCAAUAACUAA